AUGCCACAAGAAAAUGAAAGCAUAGACAUUACUAAUAUACAGGAAAGUGACGGUGAUUUAGUAUUUGGUGGUUCUGUUACAAAAUCAGGCAUUAAAUCUCCACUCCUAGGCUACUACGAUUAAGAUAUAUAUUAUCCUAGGUUGAAGUGGAUGUUCUCAAUUCUGGCCAGAAGUUCAGAUGCAGAAUUCAACAGAAUUUAAAAUAUCUAUAUUAAGAAUGGUAACAGUUUCGUCACAAUGAAAUCUGAUAGCAAAGAUUUUUUAGCAGUUAUUAAAAUUGAUAAUUCUGCUAUGUAAGUAGUCAGCAGCGCAGCAAUACCUGAAGAUAAGCAAGGUCAAGGUUACCAUCAAUUAACUGUUGACGAAGAAGGUUUUGUUUACAUUUAUGCUUAUAAUGCUGAAUAAGAGUAAUCAAGUAUUAUAAGAAUAACUAUGGAUCAAGCUGGUACCAGCUGGUAGACUUAAUUAAACUAUCCAGCUGUUUUAUCAUUUCUGAUUACUAUUACAUCUUAAAGCUAAAUUCUAGCAACUGGAAUUAUAUAUAAUCCUGAAGUAGCAAACGCCAUUAUAUCUUUUAAACUCACUUAGCGAGGUGGGUAUGAUACAAAAGUAUCAGUAGUUUCUUAUAAUGAAGCUUAAAAUAGUAUCUUAAUGUGCUAUGAAAAGUAAUAAAUACCAUAUUUUUCAGGAUUUAUAUACACUAACCUUGGAGACAGUUAAACUUAGAGUGCCCAUUAUGAUACAAUUGAAUUUCUAAAUUAUCUUGAAGUGAUAUACCAUAAUGGAAUAUAUAAACUCCUUGUCAAAAUUAUUUCAUAAGAAUAAGCAACUGAGAAAUAUGUAUUCUUUAGCUUUUAUGAAGUUGGGAUAAAAUCCACUUACUCCUUCAGUAUUAUAUAUAGUGAUUAUGAUGAUUAAUAGUGCGGUGCAUUCAUUACUCUUGAGGAUACUGCAGAUUUUAUUAUAUCACCAAUGGAGUAAAUCUUAGAAGCUCAGACUUCUUUAUCUAGUUUUAGUUCAAUUUUCACAGAGGGUACUAUAUUGAGAAUAUUGCUGAUUCUAACUAUGACCUUGGCUAUUAUUAGCUUUUACUAAAAGAUUUUACAAAACAGUAAUAAGUGUCUUUAUGCCCUGACUCUUACUAACUUCUGA